AUGAAGCCCCUUCAGUUUUCCAGCGCAGCUGAGUUGUUUGACUUCAUACAGGACAAGAAAAAUGACGUGGAAAUAUUGGCCUGCAUCAUUAGCAACCUUCUGGGGGGUUUCUUCAAGUGCUUCUUCUAUGUGCCUGAAAUUUCUUUGGCCAAAUUGGAGAACGGUUUCCCUUUUGAUGGGUCUUCCAUCAAGUUAUGCUCAGAUGCAGAGGUCAGCGACUUCUACAUAAAGGCAGAUGUGUCCACGUGCUUCAUUGAAAAAUGUGAUGGAAGGAAUAUGCUAAAUGUAUUAUGUGACAUCAAAAGGUAUAACGGAUUGGACUACUACAAAUGUCCUCGAACUAUUUUGAAGAAAACGUGCACUUUUGUCAAGAAGGAAAAUAUAGCGGACACAGUUUACAUAGGAAACGAAAUUGAGUUUUUCAUUUUCGAUAAAGUAAAUUUUGGCCUCGAUGAUUACGACAGUUAUUUUAAGGUCUACGACAGGGAAUCCUUCUCCUGCAAAAAUUGUUGCAAUGGAUAUUCCUGUGCAAGUAAUGCAGAACAUGCUACUACAUCCAGCCUGGCCUACCUUGGCAACAUAACAACAAAUGAUGAUAGCAAGAAGGUAAAAAAAAAAUGCGGCUAUUUUUCCACAGACCCAUAUGAUACUUCUAAUAUGAUCAAGCUUCGAAUUUGCAGGAUCUUAAAUAGCCUGAAUAUCCACGUGCAGAAAUAUCACCAUGAGGUUUCAACUAGCCAACAUGAGAUAUCUUUGAAAUAUUUUGACGCUGUUAAAAAUGCAGAUAAUUUAAUUAUCACGAAACAGGUAAUAAAAAGUACUGUGCAUAAUUUCAACCGAACGGCUACCUUCAUGCCGAAACCUCUAGUAAGUGACAAUGGAAGUGGCCUACAUUGUAACAUUUCCCUCUGGAAGGACAACAAAAACAUAUUCUUUGCUGAUGACCCAUCUACGUUUUUCCUUUCGAAAGAGGCCUUCUAUUUUAUGAAUGGAAUUAUUAGACAUGCGAAAGCGUUGCAAGCCUUUUGUAAUUCCACUGUGAAUUCAUAUAAAAGGUUAGUUCCAGGAUUUGAAACCUGUCAGAAGCUCUUCUAUUCCUUUGGCUCCAGAAAUGCGGUUAUUAGGUUGUGCAUGAUUAAUUACGACAACCCAAAUGAAAAGCGAAUUGAGUUCCGACUACCUGAUUAUGCCAACUCACCUCACUUAGUCCUCGCCGCCAUCAUCCUGGCAGGAUAUGAUGGUAUCAAAUCGAAGGAACAGCCACUGGUGCCAUUCGAGAGUAAAGAUAACAACUUUCUUAUUUCCAGCAUAUUUUCUAAAUACGUUGAGAAUACACAAAAUUUCAAAACUGUCACACAUGCACUGGAAGGCUACGACACCAUUCAUGAGGUGAAGAAGAACCCUGAAUUUGUUGACUUUUUCAGUUGCAAGGAGCCCGAGAGCAUAUGCUUCUCUCUGGAGGAAAGUUUGGAUGCCCUGGAGAAGGACCACGCCUUUUUAACGCGGGAUGGAAUCUUCACAGAGGAAGUCAUUGAGGAGUAUAUAAAGUUCAAGAGGGACGAGAUAGCGGCCUACAGAAGGAAUGUCACUCCAUACGAUUACUACUUAUAUUACGACUGCUAA